UUCACCUCUCUCAUCCUCAUCUAUAAGCAGCCUUGGGUCGAACCGAAGAGAGGCGGUGCAGACCCAAAAGAAAAUAAACAUGAAAGCCUCAGGCUGCAUACUAUCUUUCUUUUUUGUCUUCUCUUCUAUCUCAUCCCUUUCUGUAGCUCUAACAGAUGCCGAAGCGUCCUUUCUUGCCCGUCGCCAGCUGCUAACGCUCCCGGAAGGCAGUGACCUACCCGAAAACUACGAAAAUGGGGUUGAUCCGAACCUGAAGUUCCCUAACCCCAGGCUUCGACGUGCAUACAUUGCACUCCAGGCUUGGAAGAAGAGCAUGUACUCCGACCCUCUAAAGACAACUGCAAACUGGGUUGGUCCUGAUGUAUGUAAAUACACGGGAGUGUUCUGUGAAAAGGCUCUUGAUGACCCAAAAAUCGACGUCGUGGCCAGCAUUGAUCUCAAUGGGGCUGACAUUGCAGGAUUCCUUCCUGCUGAGUUAGGCCUGUUACAUGAGGUUGCGGUGUUCCACAUCAACUCCAACAGAUUCUGUGGUAUCGUGCCCCAAAGCUUUUGCCAGCUGAGUCUCCUCCACGAGUUUGAUAUCAGCAACAACCGGUUUGUGGGUGAAUUCCCUAAGGUGGUUCACUGCCUUCCGGCCCUCAGGUACCUGGACAUCAGGUACAAUGACUUUGAGGGGUGUCUGCCACCUGAGCUAUUCAAUAAGGAUCUGGAUGCCUUGUUCCUCAACAACAACAGGUUCAGAUGCAACAUUCCAGAGACGAUUGGCAACUCCAAUGUCUCGGUCCUCGUCAUCGCCAACAACAACUUCGAGGGUUGCAUUCCUAGCAGCAUCGGGAAAAUGAGGAACUUGAACGAGCUGAUCUUCUCGAACAACAAGCUAGGCGGGUGUGUGCCACCUGAGCUCUUCCAGAUCUCGAACGUGACUGUGUUGGACAUCAGUUCAAACACAUUCAGCGGCAUCCUGUCGAAAUCGUUCAAAAUCGAGAACGUGGAGGAGUUCAGCCUUGCAAACAACAACCUGACCGGGUUUGUUCCUGAGAGCAUUUGCAAGUUGCCUGGCUUGAAGAACUUCACAUUCUCCAACAACUUCUUCAACGGCGCGGCCAAAGAAUGCGUGCCAACCUCAAGGCAGGACAUGGUGAUGGACGACACAAGCAACUGCUUACCAGACAGGCCUAAACAGAGGUCACCCAAAGAAUGUCAAGCUGUGGUGAGCAAGCCAGUGGAUUGCAGCAAGGCCAAGUGUGGAGGUGGCGGAGUGCCCUCAAAGCCGCCAAAGCAGGAGACACCAAAACCACACCCUCCUCCUCGCACCAUACAGUCUCCUGUGGUUUUCUCACCACCACCAGUGUACUCUCCCCCACCACCGGCCCCCGUCCACUCUCCACCACCUCCAGUGAAAUCUCCACCACCACCGGCACCGGUCCACUCUCCACCACCCCCAGUGCACUCUCCUCCACCACCCGUCCACUCUCCACCACCCCCAGUGCACUCUCCUCCUCCACCCUCCCCACCACCACCAGUGCACUCUCCACCACCUCCAGUCCACUCUCCUCCACCACCAGUGCACUCUCCUCCACCACCUGUCCACUCUCCACCACCCCCAGUGCACUCUCCCCCACCACCAGUGCACUCUCCACCACCUCCUGUGCACUCUCCCCCACCACCGGCUCCAGUGCACUCUCCACCACCUCCAGUGAAGUCUCCACCACCACCGGCUCCGGUCAACUCUCCACCACCUCCAGUGAAGUCUCCACCACCACCUGCACCGGUCCACUCUCCACCACCUCCCGUGCAGUCUCCACCACCACCGGCUCCGGUCAACUCUCCACCACCUCCAGUGAAGUCUCCACCACCACCUGCACCGGUACACUCUCCACCACCUCCCGUGCAGUCUCCACCACCACCGGCUCCGGUCAACUCUCCACCACCUCCAGUGAAGUCUCCACCACCACCUGCACCGGUCCACUCUCCACCACCUCCCGUGCAGUCUCCUCCUCCGGCCUCACCACCACCGGCUCCGGUCAACUCUCCACCACCUCCAGUGAAAUCUCCACCACCACCUGCACCGGUCAACUCUCCACCACCUCCAGUGCAGUCUCCUCCUCCGGCCUCACCACCACCAGCAGACGACUUCGUCCUCCCACCAAACCUGGGAUUCCAAUACCAAUCACCGCCUCCACCUAUGUUCCCAGGCUACUAAGCAGCUGCUGCACUAUAUCAAUCGUGACUCUUUAUAAGGUUUAAAACGGCGUCACAGCAUACACCACUUUUGUUAGUUGAUCAGAGCUUGUAUAGUAAAUUCGAGACAUCAAGCUCUAAACCUUCUCGAUUGUACGCCUACAUAAUGCAAUAAAGGACGUUAUCGGCAUAACGUACAAUCAUUUUUCUUUUCA